AUGGACUCGCCGCCAAAGCGCCGAAAAACCAGCGAGACAACGGGCGUUGCCGUUGGCGCGUCGCAGUCGUUUGCGCGUCGCGAUGUGACGCCUUCUUCAGCUCGCCCAUCCUUUCAGUCACCAACAAGAUCGAGCCUGGCCAAAUCACACCCCGAUGUUCUUGCGCGCGCGCUCAGCAGAUCCCCAAGCCGGCGACCAACAAGCCGAGGAAGCCAGGGUGGCCGACCAGAGCAGCCUGAACCAAGAAUCGUUGGACUUCGCGACCGCAAAGCUCUUCGGCCUUCACUAGGUCCCUCAAGCCCACUCAAAGCGCCCCGAGCAUCCGUUGACGCGCCGACACUAUCUCCCAGCAGACGCUCAAGUGGCAUUCAAGCAUUCUCAAAACCUGCGCGCAAAUUGUCCAAGAAGAUUCUCCCCGGAGACUUUACAUUUGAGUCUCCAGUCAGAAAGCAGAUACCGCCAGCGGAACAGGACACUCCGGAGAGCCAAUUGGCUCGAGAACUGGGCAGUGCGACGAAAGAACCAGAGUUUGAAGAAGAUAUGGCUCUGGACAAUCCAUUUGUCGAUGAGGAUCCUCUCGAACCGGACCUUCCCCCGACUCCGACCCAACUAGGCCUUGAGAAGGCACCCGACAGACCAAUGGGGCCAUUGAGCAGUAGCCCUACCGCGAGGCAUGAAAAACGAAUGAAACGACGAAGUGUCGAGCAUUUCCAACCAAGCCCCUUGAAAUUAUUCAAAUUUCAGGAUCCCAACACGGAGGAAAGCUCCGAUGAGGAGGAUUUAGCCCUGGACGAAGUGUCCCCGGCGGUUCUCGAGAAGCAAAAGUUGCGCAAGAGUCUUGCCGCGGAACUCAGGCGCUUGAAGGAUGACGUGAAGGAACUGACCAAAUGGACCGGGAAAGUCGAGUCUGAUGCAAAUCUGAUGGGCGACAAGAAGGAACUCAACAAAUUCCUGACCCUACUCUCCGAGGAGUCUUCACAUAUCAAUCUUCCGGCGCCAAAGAAAACUCCAGCACCGGUGUCAUCACUCCUCUCAACGUUGCUCCCAUUCUCCGCCAAUCUCCCUCACCAGACCCGUGAAACAUCGCCUCUUCCUACAAACCCAUUCGCCUUGAAAAAAUCCCCGCAGUCUCCAUCACACCUCAAAGUGUUCGCCCCAUUAGCCCUUCGAGCGCAUACAAGUCGCACAUCGUCCCAAACAAACGGCCUAAUCGAGAUCCAUACUUUGGAAUUCAAUGCGCCCUCCCCCUUCCCAUCUUCCUUAUACAACGUGUCCGUGGUUUACGAAACAAACCCAGAGGCGCAUUCUCUGACAUCUUUGUCCGUGUCAACUGGCACUGAUAGCAAGAAACGCAGAGUCCCCGAGGAUCUCCGCAAAUGGAUCGACUCUCGAUUAGCAAACCCGCUUCUGAAACUCGACGUUGCUACUCUCUGCUGGGGCAUUAACCGGUACUGGGAAGCAUCGGUAUCCCGGGCCCAACUAUGGGCUCAGAUCGAGGAGAAGCAUGGCAAUGGCACUUCAGCGCGUGGCAAGAAAAUUCUUCCCGAAUCUCGAGAUGGAGUCAUCACGCUUUCCGAACUCCGCCGACUGGUUCCUCAUCUCGAGCGUAGUACGAUGGUCAUCAAGUCCAAGUCCAAGUCCUCCGGUGCCGACAUCCACGUGCUCCUCUCAAAUGCUUUGGUCUUGGAGGAUUGGACUGGAGAGCCUCAGCUACGACCUGAGCUCAGUGUCUCUGUUUCGGGUGGUAUUGGAGGGUCGAGUAAGAAGAUUGAUAACGAGGCGAAGAAAUUAUUUUAUGGUUUAUUGCACCAGGAAGGUGUUGCCAGCACAAAAGGUGUGACUGGAACUGUGCACAUCAAUGCUAUUUUGCGGGCUACCAAUGGAGCGCUCGGUGCUUUGUUCGGCGUUUGA